AUGCAGAACGUGAGUGCGGCGGUCGGGGAUGUGCUCGUGACGGCUAGCGGUCCUGGGCUGACCACGGCGGGGCUGAAGGGCACGGCAGGGACACAGCUGAAGGAACACGAGGAGAAGAACCUGGGAGAGGGCCAGAUGCCUCACUCACUCGUUCACCGGCCUGCCGGCCUGCUCAUCUUCUCGUUUUCCCGCCCGCUUGCUCCACUGCCCUUCCACUUGCUCACUGACCCGCUCGCCCGCCGACCCGCCGGCCAUGGUAUCAAUCAUGCACGGAACAUACGCACCUGGAUCCACCAAUAUCUUCGUGAUGGUAGCCUUCCACUACACCGUUAUGGUCGCUUCCACUCGUCUAUCCUUGAAGAUGAAGACUUCGCGCACGAGCUCCAGCUCUACCUGAUGGAGAUCUCGAAAGCGGAGAAGUACAUCCGUGCCGAAGAUGUUGUUGACUAUGUAGCGAAGCCAGAAGUACAAGAAAAGCUUGCCGCAGUCAAUGGUGGGCCCGGGAAGCCAGUCACAAUCUCCGAGUCGGCUCGGACAGGGCGGCGCUGGCUGAAGAAGCUGAGUUGGAGGUAUACACGCGUGCGGAAGGGGAUGUAUAUCGAUGGACAUGAAAGGGAGGACAUCGUGGCUUACCGGAAUGGGUUCGUCGUGCACUGGAAAGAGUAUGAGAAGUGCAUGACAAAGUUCGAUGAAGAUGGAAAUCCGAUAGAACCUCAACAUGGCUUCCCUGUCCCACAGACCGGUCGCUUCAAGCUUAUCCUUGUGACACAUGACGAGUCGACGUUCUACGCCAACGAUCGUCGCAAGACCAAAUGGGUCCACGAGAGCGAGAAGGUGAAACCGCUGCCAAAAGGCGAAGGCUCGUCAAUCAUGAUUUCAGACUUCCUCGUCCCGGAAUGGCAUCAGCAAAAGCGCCGGAUAAUGAUUUCACAAGCGGUGAGUUAUAUUGCUCACCUCGUAAGAUUUAGUAUUCGCUCCCAAGAUAACUGGAGAGAAUUCGAAGACCCCAAGGCGUGA